AUGCGAUCUUUAGCCUUGAUCGCUCUAUUGAGCUGUACGCUGAAUGGCUUGGCCUCCCUAGCGCAACUUGCACCCAAUCAAAUCGUAUUCCAAUCUGGACCACAAGUCAAUUACUCGGAACCUUUGGGUAACGCAAAAGCAGCAUAUACUCGUGCACAAAAGGUAGCAAUCAUUGGUGCAGGAGCAGGUGGAUCAAGUGCAGCAUACUUUUUAUCAAAAGCACAAACCAAGCUCGAAAAUUUGGGAUUCGGUGCGCAAGGUAUUGAUAUUACCCUAUUUGAACGAGAUGAACGAAUAGGUGGUCGAACGACUGUCGUACAUGCAUAUGAUGACGAAAACCUCCCGGCGAUCGAAUUAGGUGCAAGUAUUUUUGCAGACGUGAACAAAAAUUUGCAAAGGGCCAGUAAACAAUUCAACCUGGAAACAGGAGCAAAGCUUGGUGAAGAUGGUGUAACGGGUGUUUGGGAUGGACAGCAAUUCUUGAUCGAAGGAUUGGAUGACGGCUGGUGGAAUUCUGCCAAGAUGUUUUGGAGAUACGGCUAUUCUCCUUUGACGACCCAAAAGCUUGUCGGUAAAACGGUAGAUGCAUUCUUGCGUCUUUAUGAUCCUGCAUACAUGCACAAAUCCAAAGAUGAGAAAAAAGCGACUGAUACAAACAACUCAUCCUCCAACACAGAAAGCGGAUACCCUUGGCGUACCAUUGAAGAUUUAGCUAAAGCGAUGAGUUUUGAUCAAAUGGUCGCUCGUUCAGCUGGGGAUUACUUUUAUUUGCAAAGUGUGUCGAAACUUUUCAUUGAGGAAAUCAUUGAAGCUGCUACAUUGGUGAAUUACGGACAAGAGGUUUAUUCUAUACACGGACUUGGCGGAUCGGUCUCUUUGGCAGCAAGUGGCGCAACAGGAGUUGUUGGCGGAAAUUACAAGAUCUUCGAGAGUAUGCUUGGGCAUUGUGAAGCAUUACAUUUGCGACUGGGCAUUCACGGAGAAGUUACCGGACUUGCUAAAUUCAAAACGCUGACUGAAGCUGGUUCAACGACAAAGUGGUGGCUCGGAACCAAGUCGGGCUAUGGUGGAUUGUUUGAUGCAGUCUUUAUUGCUGCACCUUGGCAUUCGGCUGAUAUCACUCUGUUGAAUACAAACGCAGUCAUCCCGACACCCAGAUACGUCCAUCUGCAUGUCACACUCGUCAUUACCAAGGCAGACCAACCAAAUCCGGCUUACUUUGGACGAGGAGAAAAAGACGUUAUCCCCAACAGUAUCUUGACGAGUCAUGCCUCCGUGAGAAAGGCAGAAGAAGAAGAAGAAAAGAAGAAAAAGAGAAAAGAAGAUGGAGAUGACAAGAAUCGUGGACCAAAGCUUGAUUUCAAUUCGCUAACUUAUCUUGAAAAGAUUCCAUCACGAACAGAAGAAGGAAAAGAAGAUCACAUUGUCAAACUAUUCUCUCAAGAACGUCUUAGCGAUGAUAAAUUGAACGAAAUCUUUGGUCAAGACAGUAUCCUUUGGACAUAUAGAAAAGAAUGGGACGCUUAUCCGUAUUUAACUCCAACGACGACAUUCCCAAAAAUCAAAGCAGACGAUAAUCUUUACUUCUUAAACGCAAUGGAGACAUUUAUCAGUACGAUGGAGACAGCCACUCUUUCAGCCCGUAACGCUGUUGCUCUUUACCUAGAACAACUGUAUGGCUCUGACUUUGUACAUGGCGGAAAGAACUGUCCAUGGCAAAAAGAAAAUGCUACCAAAGACGACAAGGAGCCACAAGAAGGCGAAAGCGAUUGGGCCGCGUGGGGAUGUCAGAGUGCUUAAUCAUUGCUCUUAAGUUUAUCCUUUCUCUUUUUGAUGAUGGAUUUCUUCUUGUAUGCUUCUUCAACUGUAUUUUAAUCGAAUUUUAAUCAUGACCUUACCUGACAAAACACUCUCAGCCCAGAUUUGAUCGAAUAACUAGAUGAAUUGGAAUAAUCCAACAAAACUUUACAGUGCUUUCAUUUCAUAAUGUACCGGCCAUCUAAAGAGCAGAACAUCGCUGAUGAUUAUUGUUUCAAUGCCUUGUGCCUUAGAAAAACGUAAGCGAGAGCGACAGUAGGGGCUUGCAUGAUUUGACCACACAAAAGGAUCAAUUCGAAGUGUGAUCGAGCGUUCAGAAGGAUGAGCGAGAAACCU